UUUUUUUAUUUUAUUUUUUUUAUUUCUUUGAUCUUUGUGUUUUGGAGGUUUUGUUAAUUGAUUAUGCUCGAUGGGCUUGGAUUGGGAUUUUUUGAAUUUUGUUGUUUAAUCGGCGAGUUAUGGUUCGGAUUCUGAAAAAGUUUUUCCAGGAUGCUUCUCCUGUUAAUGAUGAAGAUUUCUCUGCUGAAUGUUCUUUUGCCGUCGAGUAUACUGGUCCUGGAAUCAAUUACGAAAUUCCCCGUGUAGUUCCUAUCAAUGUCGAUGAUAUUCCUACUGCUUCUCUUGUUGUUUCAUCGUCUCAGUUCGGCGAUGAUUUAUCAUCGCUGCCUGUGAUACAACCUAUCUUGAAGAAACUGAAGAGGGGCUCAAAUUCCAUCCCUAAUUCUGUUUGUUUUGGUGCCAAUAAGGAGGAUAAUGGGGAAGAUGAAUGUAAUAUCAAUUCAUGUGAUGGAAUUGGAAGUUCUGGUAAACUAGAGAAUUUCUAUGAGCAAAGGGAAAGAUUAGAAUCAUUGGAAAUUAAGAAUGAAGAGGAUUUUCAAGGUUACACGAAUUCGAGCGAUUCCGAAUCAGAAGAAUCCGGUCGGAGCUCAUCUUCUGGGAUUUUUGCUGUAAGAGAGGAGGAAGAUGAUGAUGAAACUCAGCCACGGCAUGGCAGAAGGCCUUCAGCUGUUACCUUUCUUGAUACUCAUUCAAGUCAAUUUGAGGAUGAGAGUAUCGAAGAGAUGCCUAGAGCUGAAAGGAAGGGGAAGAAAGGGUCGUGCUAUUACUGCCUCAAAGGGAACCGUUUCACUGAAAAGGAAGUAUGUUUAGUUUGUGGAGCCAAAUAUUGUGUUGAGUGUGUAAUAAGAGCAAUGGGAUCAAUGCCAGAAGGAAGGAAGUGUAUCAGUUGUAUUGGGUUUAGGAUUGAUGAAUCAAGAAGAGAUAACCUUGGUAAAGCCUCUAAAGUGCUCAAGAGGUUGCUUACUGACUCGGAAGUUAAGCGCACGAUGUUGCGUGAGAAGGGGUGUGAAGUUAACCAGCUCCCAGCAAGACUUGUUUACGUCAAUGGCGACCGUUUAAGUCGCCAAGAGCUGCUUAUGUUGCAAAGUUGUCGAAAGCCACCGAAGAAUCUAAAACCAGGACGGUAUUGGUAUGACAAAGUAUCAGGCUUCUGGGGAAAGGAAGGACAUGGACCGAGUCAGAUAGUUAGCUUCCAGCUCGAAGUUGGAGGUCGGAUGAAGAGGGACGCUAGCAAUGGCGAUACAAAUGUGUGCAUCAAUAAUCGGGAGAUCACUAAACAAGAGCUCCGGAUACUGAAGAUGGCUGGAGUACCUUGUGAAGGAAGGCCUUCUUUUUGGGUUAGUGCUGAUGGAUCAUAUCGAGAAGAGGGAAUGAACAAUCAGGGGAAAAUAUGGGACAAGACUAGAACGAAGCUUGCUUGUGCUCUUUUUUCUUUGCCUAUUCCUUCUAAUUCUGCACCUUCUGGAGAGGAAAUAGUGGACAAAGCUAGUUAUGUUUGUCCCGAGCUGAAACCGAUUCAUAAACUUCUACUUGUUGGCCACAAAAAUUCUGGCACGAGUACCAUAUUCAAGCAGGCCAAACUAAUAUAUAAAGUUCCUUUCUCUGAUGACGAGCGUCGUAAUAUAAAGUUCCUGAUUCAAAGGAAGUUGUAUUGGUAUCUUGGCAUACUAUUGGAAGGACGGGAACGUUUUGAAGAAGAGAUUUUGAUGGACGAGAAAAAUAAGAAACCCGUGAACGAUCCGUCCAUCUCGUCAGCAUCAGGGAAUGAAGAUCCGUUGGAGCGCAAGACCGCGUAUUCCCUUGGCCUUAAACUGAAAGGAUUUGCAGAUUGGCUUCUUCAAGUCGUGGCGUCGGGUAACUUCGAAAUCAUAUUCCCGGCUGCUACCCGUGUGUAUACCCAAUUAGUGGAAGAGUUAUUGAAGGAUGAAGCCUUUCAAGCCACGUACAGUAGAAGGCACGAACUAGAAAUGCUCCCAAGUGUUGCUACGUAUUUCCUUGAUCAGGCUGUUGACAUUUCAAGUACAGAGUAUGACCCUUCUCACAAGGACAUCUUGUAUGCCGAGGGGAUCUCCUCAUGUAACAGCCUCAUUAACAUGGAGUUCUCGUUCCCCGAGUCACGACAGGACUCCUAUCUCGAUCCUCCUUACGAGCACGAUUCGUCAUUAAGGUACCAGCUGAUUCGAGUUCAUCAUAGUACCCUGGCAGGGAACUGCAAAUGGUUGGAGAUGUUUGAAGACAUGAACAUAAUCUUAUUUUGUGUUUCUUUGACCGAUUACGAUGAAUUCGACGAAGACGAUAACGGAGUUCUAGUAAACCGGAUGAUGGCAAGCAAGCAACUCUUCGAAAGCAUCAUGACGCAUCGAGCCUUGAGAGGGAAGAACUUCCUUCUCAUACUCAACAAGUUUGAUCUCUUUGAAGAAAAGAUCAUUCAAGUUCCUCUUGACCAAUGCGAGUGGUUCCACGACUUCAAUUCGAUGAUGGCUACAAAUUCGGGUGGAGGAAGUAGCAGCGACAUGAACCCGGCAUUUGCUCAACGAGCGUUUCAGUACAUAGCAGUGAAAUUCAAGAGAUUGUUCAGUUCUUUGACAGACAAAAAGUUGUUUGUUUCACAGACUACAGGGAUGGAGGCUGAAAAUGUGAAUGCAGCUCUUAGAUUUGCAAGGGAGAUAAUCAAAUGGCAAGUAGACAAGCCUAACCUCAGCGUUACUGAAAUUUCAAGUGCCAGCGUUGAUGCAAGCAGCAGCUUCACAUAGGAAAUCAAAUUUUAAGGAGGUAUUGUAAAUUUACUUCAUUAUAUGGCUCUCUAAAUUAUUUAUUUUUUUCUUAUAAAAUAAAGCUAAAUAAUUAAGAUCA